AUGCCACAAACGCGUUUGUGUGAUCAGCUGUCAUGGCGUCAUGGCAACAGAAACCAGAGUGGGGACGCAAAGCCUAGACUCAAGAAGGAUGUUAUACCAAGCCAAUUUAGCUGGACUGAAAUGAAACGAGAAUCAGCCAAGCAGAGAAACGAACGCAUGAUAAAACGUGCACUCAGAAAUGAAUCAUCGCAUUUAUCAUCCAUCAGUUCAACGAACCCAAUCCCAACAGAACCCUGCAAUGAGGUUGAAAUAGAGUCAACACCAAUUGAAAUAGACGACCAUGAAGAUCAACUUAGAGAUAAAUGUGGUGCAUCAAAUAUGACUACGAUACCACUUAAUUCAUUUUUUAUUAAGAAUUUGCAAUAAUAUCGUCGAAGCAAACCGGUUUUCAGAAAAUCCCGAACAAGAUACGAUAAUCUUGAACUUUCGAAAGAAUCUUCAUUACAUGAAGUCUAUCACGCACAGUGCUACAAAUUAUUUACUGCAAUAAAAAUACCACCAGACUUUCAGUAUUUACAACAGCAACAACAGCAAAGUGUAGUGGAAUAUGAUAAUGCAUCAGCAGUUCAGAGGAAUAGCUCAGAAUCACAUGCUCCUGUUUCUGGAGAGUGCUCCAAGACACAUGUUUCUGUUCCUGGAGAGUGUUCUGAGUCACAAGUUCCUGUUUCUGGAGAGUGCUCCAAAUCAUAUGCUACUGUUGAUUCCACAUCUACUGAGGCUGUUGGUACAUCAACAGAUGAAGCGGGAGAAUACAGCAACAUUCAAGUAGACUUGGAGGAUUUCAAUGAUUCAUUCAACACAGAUAAGCCUGUCGCUCAUAACGAUUCAGCAUCCCAAACUUGCUUCAUUUGCGAAAAACAACGUAAACGGCAUCAUGGUCGUGAAGUUCGCUUAGCUAUCAGUAGAUUAAAAACUAUAGAGAAUGUCAAAAAUGCGGCCACGGAACAAAAUGAUAUAUCGAUGUUGGAAAAACUUAGUUCUUUCUCCGAUGAUUCCAAAAUGCCUUACCAUAAAUGUUGCAAAGAUCAAUAUUUACGAGAAAUUUAUACGGAUGAAAAUAGCGAAUUUCUAAGAAAAAAAAAGAUUUAA